CUACGCUUUUGACCAUGUCGUUGAAUUGGCAAUUCCUUGCUACAAGUCUCUAUAUAACAUCGUGUCCAAGUCCAUUCCCUUUCACCACUAACUAAUCAAUUCUUGGUUAGCAGGCAGGCACCAAAGAUACAAAGACGGUCAUAAAAACACGCUUAGAUUUAUUUAUGAAAUAUUGGUAAGGCAAGACCCUAUAUUUGUAUUUAUAUUUGAAUUACCUUUAGUGGCCGUCCGGGAUACUCCAUAUUCCAGAUACGUCCAAGAACUGAAAAUACUUAAACCCCGACCCACCCCUUUUUAAAUACAGCUCUCCCCACAAUAGAAGCCAUGUGCCAGUUAUCAUCAUCAUCUUUGCGUGAGGGCGAGGCAAAGGCAAAGGCAAAGGCAAACAUGUCGGGUCUUUUGAUUCCCGUAAGCCCAACAUUGGAACAUGAAAAGCCCCAUAAAAGCAGUUUUUCCCUGGCUCUCCACGAAGCCAAAUGCAUAGCCAACAUAGCACUCCCCAUGGUCUUAACCGGUCUGUUACUCUACUCUCGUUCAAUCAUCUCCAUGCUCUUCCUCGGCCGCGUGGGUGAGCUCGCCUUAGCGGGUGGCUCUCUAGCCAUUGGAUUCGCGAACAUCACCGGUUACUCCCUUCUAUCGGGCCUGGCCAUGGGGAUGGAGCCCAUUUGCGGGCAGGCCUUCGGGGCCAAACGCUUCAAACUGUUGGGCCUGGCCAUGCAGAGGACGGUGGUUCUGCUCCUUCUAACUUCACUUUUCAUUUCAUUCCUGUGGCUCAACAUGAAGAAAAUAUUACUCGUGUGUGGCCAACAAGAGGACAUUGCCACCGAAGCUCAAUCUUUUAUUCUUUAUUCUCUCCCGGAUCUCGUGGCGCAAUCACUGCUACACCCUCUGCGAAUCUACCUGCGGACUCAAUCCAUUACCCUGCCUCUCACCUACACUGCGUCUCUCUCUAUUCUCCUCCACGUCCCCAUCAACUACCUCCUCGUCUCUGUUAUGAAACUCGGAAUCAAAGGCAUUGCCUUGGGCGCUGUUUGGACGAAUUUCAACCUCGUGGUUUCGUUGAUUCUCUACAUAUGGGUCUCCGGGGUGUAUAAGAAGACAUGGAGCGGUGUGUCGUUGAAGGGUAUAUUGAGGGGCUGGAAGGGGCUCUUGAAUUUGGCGAUUCCGAGUUGCAUUUCCGUUUGCCUGGAAUGGUGGUGGUACGAAAUCAUGAUAUUGUUGUGCGGCUUGUUGAUUAAUCCCCAAGCAACGGUGGCGUCCAUGGGGGUUCUCAUUCAAACCACUGCCUUGAUAUACAUUUUCCCGUCUUCGUUGAGCUUCGGGGUUUCGACACGUGUCGGAAACGAACUCGGCGCGGGGAAUCCCAAGAAGGCCAAAGUGGCGGCACUGGUGGGGCUGUGUUUCAGUUACGUCUUGGGAUUCUCAGCUUUGUUUUUUGCCAUUUCGGUAAGGCACGUGUGGGCGUCCAUGUUCACACGUGACAAGGAGAUCAUUGUUUUGACGUCGGUGGUGUUGCCCAUCAUUGGGCUCUGCGAGCUUGGGAAUUGCCCGCAAACGACGGUUUGCGGGGUUCUGAGGGGAACCGCCAGGCCCAAGUUGGGAGCGAAUAUUAAUUUGGGGUGCUUUUACCUCGUGGGCAUGCCCAUUGCCGUCUGGUUGGGUUUCUUUGCGGGUUUUGACUUCAAAGGCUUGUGGCUCGGUUUGUUGGCGGCUCAAGCCUCUUGUAUGGUUACCAUGUUGUUCGUGUUGGCUCGCACCAAUUGGGAGGGUCAGGUCCAACGAGCCAAGGAACUCACUUCCUCUGAUUCCAGUGAUGAUGAAGAAGAAGAUGAAGAAGAUGAGGAUGAGGAUGAGAAAUGCGCCUUCAGUUCAUGCGCUGAUUCCAUGGUUUGAUUCAUCUUCAGAUUCUUUUAUGUUUUGCAUUCAAAAUUUAUAACAUGGAUUCAUUCUUUCUACUAAUUCUAAUUGUACAUUCCGGAUAAGAGGCAGAGCAUAAAUGCAUUCAUUUUUCCGUUCAAAGGAAUGCGUUUUGUUUCUGUUUGCAUUAAUUACAUAGACAUGCCAUUUCUAAAGCACCCGGUUGUUACAUAAGAAUAGACGUAUGAAAAUCGUGGAAGAAAGGCUCAAAAUAAUAAUAAUGAUUCUAAGGUGAUUGGGAUUGAGAAUAUGCCAAAAACAAAAAACAAGGGAAAAAAUAAAAGGCGUGGACACUGUCUGCGGAUAAGAUGGUUGGUGGCCACUGGGAUUGCGCGUUUUAAUUAGUCGUGGACUUGUGUCGGUUGGUUGAAGACGAAAUUAAAAUUGCUAAGUCGCACUUCGAUUACUCUGCUGCCUCCUUCAGGUGACUUCAUAAAAGUUAAAAAAGGAUUCCACACCUAAAAUUUUAGAAUGUUCCUUGCUUGAUAUCAACCCAAGCACCCUCCACGAUGUUUCUUAUCUUAUGCUUCAGAGGGGGAAGAAAUUGAAAGGAAUGUGAGAAUUGAUUAGAUAAAAUUAGAGUGGAAUAGAUUCUAAUUUACAAUUGAUUUUAAAUUAAAUGAGAAAAUUAAUAUUUUAUAUAAUUAUUUUUUUAUUAAAUAAAUGUAAUAAUUAUUAUUAAAUAAUUUAUUAUUUAACUUUAAAUUAUAUCAUUUGAAAUUAACUAAUUUUUUAUUUAAAUUAUAUAUCUAAAAAAUUAAUUAUGGAAAGGGGUCGAAUAAUACCGACAGUGGAAGAACUUGAUAAAAAAAUUUGGAGGGACUAAAAUAGUUUUUUAAUAUAAUUUUUAUAUGUGAUUUUCAAUUAUAUUGAUAACAAGAAACUUUCAUGUAUAUAAAUUAAUAUUUUUGCAAUUAGAUUGAUGUGGUUUAAUUAUUUAUUUUAUAUUCAUAUAUAAAUUAAUUUUAAAAAAUAAAUGGGUUGGAAUUAAUCCUCUAAGGCGCAUAUUCAUAUAUUAGGGUUGUAGAGAAAGCAGGUGGAGGAAUGAAUGAAUUAGUUACGUAGGUUGUUUGGAAAGAAAAGAAGGAGAAGCAGUGUGUCGCUAACGCUGACGCUUGUUGCAAUUUGGGCAACAUGAUACAAGGUGGUACGAGUAGGAGUAUGUGAGGGGCAAUGGUUCACUAAAAAAUCAGGGAUAGUGCCAGACACCUGUAACGAGUGAGAUAGAUGUUACGUUUAUUUUGUUUAAUCAUCAUUUUCAUAUUAGGUUCAAGACAGUGAUCCUCCUCGCCGGCUUGGUCAACCUGCGUGUAUAUAUUUAUAUUCCAUUUAAAAAUAUAAUUAAUAUGCAAGUAUCCCUACACUGAGAUUUGAAGAAAACAAGAAGAAAUUAAAGUGUCUAUCGUUACUACAAGACAACGAUAAGAUAAUUACAACGUGAUUUUUGUGGGCGGGUGAGAAUCAUCCGAUAAAUUAUUCACAUAUAUGCGUCAAAGCAAUGAACACAGUUGGAAUUUUGAACAGAGAGAUCAUGAAGAAUAAUCUGGCUAAAUAAAACAUAGGGACGGCUAUCGCUACCAUAGUACCAUGUUUAAUUAGUGUUUUGUGUGAGUCCCACAUAUACGUUCACUUCGUCUUAGUAAUUGUUCUUAUCCCAAUUGUAUUAUUAUUAGGAUUUACAUUAUUUAUAAUAUUUUCUUUAUUAUAUCA